ACAGUAAAAUUCAUAUAAAUACCCUUUAAUUAAAGUAAAUAAACAAUUGGUUAAUUUUAAAACAUAGGAAAAUAAACCAGAAACGAAACAACCUGUAUACAGUCUAUAGUAGUAGUGUAUGCUGUGUUUUAUAACAGGUUUACUUUUUAAGCGGGAACAUUUUAAAUUGACGUAUUCAAGGGGGCGUGUCCUAGAGUCUCCUCUGAUUGGACAAUCAGAGUUAAGACUUAAUGUGACCAAUCAACGAGCAGCUUUCCUCUCUAUAUUAAGGUGGUGUUCAACAGCAGUCACAUUCUUUCUUUCUUUCGAAGACAAGAUAGUAACUAGAAAAAUGUCUGGACGUGGUAAGACCGGCGGCAAAGCCAGAGCAAAGGCCAAGACCCGCUCCUCCAGGGCCGGGCUCCAGUUCCCCGUCGGCCGUGUCCACAGGCUGCUGAGGAAGGGCAACUACGCUGAGCGCGUCGGUGCCGGGGCACCAGUCUACCUGGCUGCGGUGCUCGAGUAUCUGACCGCUGAGAUCUUGGAGUUGGCUGGAAACGCAGCCCGUGACAACAAGAAGACCAGGAUCAUCCCCCGCCACUUGCAGCUGGCCGUCCGCAACGACGAGGAGCUCAACAAGCUGCUCGGAGGAGUCACCAUCGCUCAGGGUGGUGUGCUGCCCAACAUCCAGGCGGUGCUGCUGCCCAAGAAGACCGAGAAGCCCGCAAAGAAGUAGACGAGUACCGGCAGGAAAAUCAAACAACGGCUCUUUUAAGAGCCACUCACUCCUACUAGAAGCGCUUUCCUUUCUAUUAAACUAAUUAUAAAAUGACUAUAAAACCACAUACUACAAUAAAACAGUAAUGCUCAAAGAGUAUACUGUGUUUAGGCAGGGGAAAAGAGCUUAAGAUCUGUCUGCUUGUUUUAUUUGUUUGAAUGACCCAUUUAUACUGUGAUAAUGCUUUUUUUCUAAGUGUGUCUUAAGGGUGUUUCUUGCUGCCCAUCCUUUCCUUAAGACUAAGCUCAGACAUUUUUUGAUGUACCAGGGUCAUAAAUCAGCAUGUUAUGAUUGUUUUUAAAUCUAUUGGAUUAACCAUGUUUUCUUAUGCCUGGCUGUGUAAGCAUCUUUGGUUCAGUUAUUCUUUGGUACGCCCUAUAUUAUUUUCCCUUUUGUACAGUUCCACUACAAUAACUCCUAUAUUUUAAUUCAGUCAUUGCAUCCGUUUCUGCCUUGGCAUGCAAAUAUUGUGACAUGACCAGUGUUGGAGUAACUUCCUAGUUUACAAGUCACUGUGCAUUGUUAACCUAAAUUUACACCUUUUAAUUUAUUUAUUUAUUUAUUUUUAUUAGCAGAGAACAAGAAGCAGACAGUUGGGUUACAUGUUGAUUUUGUUUUUAUUUAUUUUUUUUUUUUUUCAAAUUCAACAGUGGCAAAAUCAAAAGAGAUCGACCUCGAGAACUAGAGGUGUGUCAAUUUUUCAUUAAUCCAACACAACACCGGUUCCACUGGUAUAGUCUGAUGCCAAGGGAAACAAAAAAACAAAGACAUUACCAGCCCCAUAUGUUUCACAGAUCAGAUCAGAUCAGAUCAUCUGUCCACAAAACAUUUUCCCAUUAGUCCUCUGUCCUGUCCACAUGAUGUCUGCCAACUGCAGGCAGCAUGUAAUGUUCCUUUUGGAGAUCCAGAUGGUGUAUUUAUGAACAUGAACAUUAACCAGUGUGAGAGGCCUUUAGCUGUUCAGAAAUGACCCCAGGUUCCUUUGUGGCCUCUCAGAUUACUUGUCCUACUCUUGGGAGUGAUCUUUGACGGUCAGCCACUCCUGUGGAGGGUAACAGUUGCCUUAAAUCUCCUAUAUUUAUUGUUGAUUUGUAUAUUUCAAAUCUUUACAGGGGGGCUUGUAAGGUUUUCCAAUAUGAUAAUCAACAAAAACUUAUUGUUUGACCUUCUCAGAAAGCUCAUUUUGUCCAUGUCAUCAUACACUACUACAAACGUGGUCUAUACACAAAAAUGUGUAUAGAAGAUCAGACUGUGUGAUCUGAAUUUUGAAAUUAACUUGUAUAACUAUAGGUGCAGUUAUUUUUGCAAAUCUCAGAUAUGUAUUAUUGCCUCCUCAAUAUUUCUGUUUCAUUUCCAAAAAAAAAUUACUGUACAAAUACUGUAUUUGUACUUGUGUAUAUUUCUCUGAUGUCAGAAAGUACAAUAAAAGAACCACUGAUGAAAACGUGCGGACUGCUGAUUACUAAAAGUUGAAAGUCAAGAUGUAUUUCCGGAUGUAGUUUAUUUGAAAUCAUUUGAGCUGAGAAUAAUUAUCUCUGAAUGACUGAAAAGGUGGUCAUACAUAAACAUCUGUGGAAACUGUGAUAUAAUAUACUCAAUGAUUUUAAAAAUAAAUUAUGUCAAGGACUUUAUAGUAUUGAUUUGAAUAGUGCAAUAGAAAGAUAUUUUAGUGUUAUUACUAAAUAUUUUUUUGCUUUAUUGUUUGUAUGUUUUGUAUCUGUAAAAGUAACCACUAAAAAGAAUAAAAUCAGUCACAUGUGAAAUAACAACGCUGAUUAAGACAGUAAUAUAUAUCAGAAUACACUUACAAAUAUUAAAUUUAAGAGGAAACUUGAUAACAUCGACACUGAUAAGGUAUUCAUGCUGC